AGCGUCGGGGCGGAGAACGUGCAAGACGUGAACGCGGUUAGGAUGGUUCAUCCAGGGUGAAAUUGUCAAGGGACAACAGUUUCGUCAGUAUGCUGUGGAUAUUGAUCGCUGUGACGUGCAUCGAGCUAUCGACCAUUGCCAACGCACAGUCGAGAAAAACCACGGCCACGUCUAUGCGAGAGGAUGCGAGCAACAACACCGAGCCGGAUCAUCCGAUACCCAUGGAGUCGAUACAGGGAGUGGCAGGACAGAGGGCAACUUUGCCCUGUAAUAUACAACCCCGUGAGCCGAACGAUGCCGUCUCCAUGGUGCUCUGGUUCAAAGAGGACAGCGGCGAACCUCUCUACAGCUACGACGCGAGGAAUCGACAGUUCAGCAAGGCGAAGCUGUGGAGCGCCUCCCACUUUUGGGGGGACAGGGCCACGUUCAAAGCGAGUCCACCCGCCCAGCUGACGAUUCGAGACCUGCGGGAGACCGACCAAGGUGUUUACAGAUGCAGAGUUGAUUUUCGCAACUCGCCGACCAGAAACCUCAAGGUCAACUUCACCGUCAUCGUGCCGCCGGCCAAGCCGAUCAUCUACGACGCGAAAAGGAGGGACAUGAGCAAACUUCUCGAGGCCUAUCCCGAGGGAGCGGAUCUGUUCCUCGUGUGCGAGGUUCACGGAGGUAAACCUAGACCCCGAGUCACGUGGUUCCUGGAGUCGCAGACAAUCGAUGCGCCGACGGAGAUCCGGGAGAGCCAAGGGCCAGCAGGUGAAACCAACGUCGUAACCAUAAGCAACGUGACGCUGAAGGGUCUCACGAGAAGUCACUACCACGCCAAAUUGUUCUGCAAAGCGAACAAUACUCAUUUAGCGCCGCCGCCCACCACUGCCGUCAUCAUCGAGCUUCACAUUGCCCGUAGUAAUGGCAUUUUAUGCAGAGCGACUAUAGUGGACCGUAGUAGUAACAUUCAAUGCAGAGCGACUAUAAUCGGUUCUAGUAGCUCAGUUGCUAUAGUCACCUACAGUAAUGGCAUCUUAUACAGAACAACUAUAGUGGCCCGUAGUAGUAACAUUCAAUUGAAAGCGACUAUAGUCGACCGUAGUAGCGAAAAAGUUAAAGAAAGGUUUCAGGAAGACGGAACAAGCGUGAGCGUGUUGCAAUGGACACCGUCGAUCGAAGACGAGGGGAAAUUUCUGGUGUGCAGGGCGACCAAUCCGAAGCUGCAGGACACGGGUAUCGAGGAACGAUGGAAGCUGAAGGUGCAUUUUGUUCCUGUCGUCACUCUGAAAAUGGGCACAUCGUUGAAUCCAAAGAACAUCAAGGAAGGGGACGACGUUUACUUCGAGUGCAACGUUAGGGCGAAUCCUAGGGCUUACAGAUUGACAUGGUUUCACGAGGAAGAAGAGCUCCAUUACAACGUGACCGCAGGCAUAGUGCUCUCGGACCACUCUCUGGUUCUUCAAAGUAUAACUCGAGAAUCCGCUGGAAGAUACAGCUGCACGGCCGUCAAUGUCGAGGGUCGCGCCAGUUCCAACGUAGUGGACCUCGAGGUUAUGUUCGCUCCUGUUUGCAAGCACGUUUUAAACUCGGCCGGAGGAUGGAGGUAUCAAAACGCGACGCCACCACCGUUGAACGUGCCCGAGGAGGUGCACGGCGCGUUGAAGCACGAGACGAUCGGUCUGGUUUGCGAGGUGGAGGCCAACCCGACCACGGUCACUUUCCAUUGGACUUUCAACAGCAGCGGUGACCUUGCCGACAUUCCGUCCGCCAAAUACACGAACGAGGGCACCUCGAGCAAGCUCAAUUACACCCCCUCGUCCGACAUGGAUUACGGGACGUUGGGCUGCUGGGCGAGUAACGCUGUCGGCCCCUCGAAACAACCCUGCCUCUACCAAGUGAUCGCGGCAGGCAGGCCGUACCCGUUGCAGAAUUGCACGGCGUACAAUCAGACCGGCUCCUGGAUCCGGAUAUCGUGCGUGGAGGGAUACGACGGCGGUUUGCCGCAAAAAUUCGUCGCGAUCGUGGACAAGCAACGGUUGGAAUCGUCGAACCCGUAUUGGGAGUUGGAGCUUCGCAAACCGAUGACGGUCGCCCUCUACGCGGUCAACGUGAAGGGAUCCAGCGAUCCGGUUAUCAUGGAAGGGGAGGCGUUAAAAGGAGUGGCCAAGUUCACCGGGGAAUCGGCAUCUUCGGUGGACAUGUCGCCGAUCCUGAUCGGGCUGGGCGGAACAGCGACUGGAUUAGGACUGAUCGUGACCGGUGUAUUGAUGGCACUUUGGAGGAAGCACGCGGCAACACCGGCGAAACCGAAGCCGCCCCAACAGCCGAGCAUCGCGACAUUCGCCGGCAAGGGUGAGGAAGAAGACGGGAAUCCUGACCUCAUACCGACCACGGCCUUGACCAAUCACCUCACAGAUAGGAAGCUUUUACAUUACGGUUCCUUACCACGAAGGCCGCGUCAACUCGAAGGGCGGGAAAUGGCUCAUAACGUCGUAGAAGAGUCGGAUUAUCCUCGAGCAUCGCCAAACACAUUUUACAGUCUCCAGAGGCCGCAUCGAUAUUCGGAAACGGUAAUCCGAAGUUCCGUGAUUCAGGAAAGCUGCAUUUAAGAAUCGAGAAGAGGGAGGAGGAGGGGGAGGGAGAGGUAGAGGAAGAGCGGUGUUGCGGGGGACGGAAGAGGAAGUCGAGGAUUUGCAUAUACGCUCCAUAGAGUUGUGUUCCAACGCAACACCGUGAAAAUCAAAAAAAGACUUAAAGCCAUUUGCUUAUGCAAUAUUGUACACGUUCAAGCGUACGAAGAUAUUAUUUAGCAAGUCGAUAACAAUACGCCUUUGUAAAUAUUGUAUAUAAAUAAAACACAUCGAUUCGUGUUA